AUGGCAGUUUCUCAGGGCUCAGUGACCUAUGAAGAUGUAACUGUGAUAUUCACUCAAGAGGAGUGGGCACUAUUAAAUCCUUCAGAGAAGAAACUCUACAGAGAUGUGAUGUGGGAAAACUUCAGAAACUUUCUUUCAAUAGAAAAAUUACAAGAGAACCAUUCCACCAAAGAAGAGCAUAAUACCCAUGGGAGUAAACAAAGUAAUACAGUGGUGAAAAUCUCUGAGGGCAAAGAAAGUAAAAAUUGUAGGAAACAUCAAGAAUGUGAAGUAUACAACAAACUAUUCACUUACUCUGGUCAUCGUCAAAAACAUGAAAGAACUCAUAAAGGAGUGAAACCUUAUGAAUGUAAACAAUGCGGUAAGGCCUUCAGUUGUUCCAGUUCUCUUCAGUUACAUGAAAGAACUCACAGUGGAACGAAACCUUAUGAAUGUAAACAAUGUUGUAAAACAUUCAGUCAAGCCAGUUCUCUUCAGAGACAUGAAAGAACUCACAGUGGAGAAAAACCCUAUGAAUGUAAACUGUGUAGUAAAGCAUUUAGUAAUUCCAGUUCUCUUCAGUUACAUGAAAGAACUCACAGUGGAGAGAAACCAUAUGAAUGUAAACUAUGUAGUAAAACAUUCAGUUUUCCCAGUUCUGUUAGGAGACAUGAGCGAACACACAGUGGGGAGAAACCCUAUCAAUGUAAACAAUGUAGUAAAACAUUCAGUCAAGCCAGUAAUCUUCGAACACAUGAACGAGCUCACCGUGGAGAGAAACCCUAUGAAUGUAAACAAUGUAGUAAAGCAUUCAGUCACUCCAGUUCUCUUCAGUUACAUGAAAGAACUCACAGUGGGGAGAAACCAUAUGAAUGUAAACUAUGUAGUAAAACAUUCAGUUUCCCCAGUUCUCGUUGGAGACAUGAACAGACUCAUCGUGGAGAGAAACCCUAUGAAUGUAAACAAUGUAAUAAAGCCUUCAGUCAUUCCAGUUCUCUUCAGUUACAUGAAAGAACUCACAGUGGAGAGAAGCCCUAUGAAUGUAAACUAUGUAGUAAAGCCUUCAGUCAUUCCAGUUCUCUUCAGAUACAUGAAAGAACUCACAGUGGAGAAAAACCCUAUGAAUGUAAACAAUGUAGUAAAGCAUUCAGUCAUUCCAGUUCUCUUCAGUUACAUGAAAGAACCCACAGUGGAGAGAAGCCCUAUGAAUGCAAAGUAUGUAAUAAAACAUUCAGCUUUUCUACUUCUCUUUGGAGACAUGAAAGAACACACAGUGGUGAGAAACCCUAUCAGUGUAAACAAUGUAGUAAAACAUUCAAUCAAGCCAGUAACCUUUUGACACAUGAACGAAUUCACAGUGGAGUGAAACCGUUUGAAUGUAAACAAUGUAAUAAAGCAUUCAGUCAAGCCAGUUCUCUUCAGUCACAUGAACGAACUCACAGUGGAGAGAAACCCUAUGAUUGCAAACAAUGUUAUAAAACAUUCAGUCGAUCAAGUCAUCUUUGGAGACAUAAAAGAAUUCACAGUAGAGAGAAACCCUAUGAAUGUUAACAAUGUAGUAAGAAAUUGAAAUUCAUUUUUUCCAGUCAUCUUCAAAUACAUGAAAGAAUAUAUAAUGGAGAGAAACCCUAAAAAAUAAAUACAGAUAGAUAGAUCAAAGUGGUGUAGGAGGUGGUGCAGUAGAUAAAGCACUGGAUUCUCAAGCAUGAGAUCCUGAGUUUAGUCCCCAGCAGCACACAUACCAGAGUGAUGUCUGAUUCUUUCUCUCUCUCUCUUCUCCUAUCUUUCUUAUUAAUAAAUAAAAAUUUAUAAAAGAAAAAAAAAGAAACCCUACUAGUGCAAACAGUGUAGUAAAACAGUCAUGCUAGUUCUCUUUGGGCACAUGAAAGAAUACACAGUAGAGAGAAAACCUAUGAAUGUACACAGUGUUAUAACAUUUGGUUGUUCCAGUUCUCUUCAGACACAUGGACAAACACACUGGAGAGAAAUGCUGUGAGUGUAAACAAUGUAGUAAAACAUUCCAUUUUUCCAGUAAUCAUCAGAUAUAUGAAAGAAUAUAGUGGAGAGAAACCCUAUGAAUGUAAAUAGUAAAACAUUCAGUCAAGCCAGUCAUCUUUGCAAACAUAAAAGAACUUAGUGGAGAGAAAGUUUAUGAAUGUAUGCAAUGUAGAAACUAUUCAGUUAUUCUGGUACUCUUUGUAGACAUGAAAUAAGUCACAGUGGGUCAAAACCCUAUGAAAGUAGUAAAGCUUUUAGUUGUUCUACUACUCUUCGAACACAUAUUCACAGUGCAAGCCAAUCUUAUGAGCAUAAGUUGUGUACUAGAGAGAUGCAACUUGAGACAUGAUGUAGUACUUAGUGGUUUAACCUUCAAUAUAAUAGCUCCCAGGUUUGAGCUUCUGCACUACAUGUACCAGCAUGAUGUUCUGUUUUAUUCUCAUGUUAAUAUAUAAGUAAAUGGGUUUUUUUAUUUCUUUAUUGGGGGAUUAAUGUUUUACAGUCAAAAGUGAAUAUAAUAGUUUGUAUAAGUAAAUGUUCUUAAAUAAUUAUAGAGACCACAGUUCCAUGAUAAACAAGUGAUUUCAUAUCUAUGAGUAUUAUGUAAAUGUAAGGAAUAUGAACAAGUACUUUUUUCAGCUCUGGAUAAUCGUGUGGGGGCUUAAACCUGGGACUUUGGAGCCUCAGGCAUGAGAGUCUCUUUGCAUACCAAAAUCAAUGAAUGGAGUUACAUCAAAUUGAAAAGGUUAUGUGCAGCAAAGGGAAUCACCAUCAUAAUAGAGAUACUCCCCACAGACUCUGAGAAAAUAUUUUGUUAUACAUAAUAGAAAGGAUUGAUGGCAAAAAUACAUAAAGAACUCAACAAUAAAAAGAUAAACAACCCCUUCAGAAUAGGAGGAAUAUAUAGGCAGAAUACUCUCAAGAGAUUUAAAUGGCCAACACACACUUGAAAAAAUACUCAAAGUCACAUCAUCAGAAAAAUGCAAAUAAAAACAACAAUGAGAUACUAUGUUAUACCUGUGAAAAUGUCAUGUUUUAGAAAAGACAGAAACACCCAACUGUUGGAGAAGCUUUGGGAGUAAAGAACACUCCCACACAGUAGGUGGGUAUAAAAGUUGGUCUGAAAAUUAUGGAAAACUGUCUGGAAAUUCAUCAGAAUACUAGAAAUGAACCUACUUUACCAUCUAGCAAUGCUUCCUAAGGAAUUAGGGAAAAUAAAAAACACCUACCAAAAAAAAAAAAAAAAAAAAACCUAUCCACACCAAUGUUCACAGCAACAAUUUGUCAUACCCACAUUGGAAGCAACCCCCAGGUGCCAAAUAACAGAUGAAUGGCUAAGAAGUCUGUGGUACAAACACCUAAUGGAAUGCUGUGUAGCUCUUAAAAAAAUAAGGUCAUCACCUUUGCUGUAUCGUAGUGAGAACUUAAAGGCAUCAUGUUGAAUGACCCUAACCAGGUAAAGGAAAACAAUACAGAAUAAUCUCACUUGUAGACAGACUCACAACAAAGAACAGGGAGAACAUCAGGUGAAAUAUUGACUGGGUGUGGUAUAGGACAUCAAAACAAAGGACUUUUUGAAAGGAUGAAAAGGGACAGGGUGAAGGAAUAUUAAGAUCUAGCUGCACCUGUGCACUGGAGACUUUCAAACCAUUAAUCCCCCAAUAAAAUUAAAGAAAGAUAAAUUGUUUGGAUUCUCUGCAUAUGCCAGAGUGAUUCUUUGGUCCUCUCUCCUCUUAUUAGAGAAAAGCUCAUAUAUUUCUAUUAUAGUGCAAGAGUAUAUAUUUAAAAAAUUGUUAUAAAAAUAUGAAAAUAAAGCUUAGGAAUGUUAAGUAAUAUUUGUAAAAUAAAGGAUAAAACUGG